AUGAUAUUUAGCGCCUUCUCACAAUUGCUGAGCCUUUUAUGGGUUGCUAUGAAUUUGGCGGGAGAGUGUUCUUAUCUUAUUCUAAUCGUCAUCAUUUCUCUUCUGAGCUGAUGACCAAGAUGUUAGGGUUCAAUAAACCUGUUGUCCAUGUGGACUUGGUGGAACCGUUGAUAUUCCUAAGAAAGCCACCAAGUUGGAGUGCAUAUGCCAGUACUUCAUCGUCCACACUUGAUCAGAUCGGAUCAUGUCAAUUACGUGGAGUGGUUAGGGUUGAAUCAAAAAAGAGUCUUGACCAGCUUAAGCGAAUUCAAGUAUCUUUCAUUGGCAAAUCACGCAGUAUGAAUUGGGAGAAUGGCGUCGCACGUGAAGAAGAAUUGAGGCUUCAUGAUCAAUCCAUCAACCUGAUUUUACCAAUUGAACAACAGAAUGAUAGAGAUCUCUUUCCGUACUCCUAUACAGCACCUUUCUCGAUUUCUGUUCCAUCAAAUUUACCACCAACAAUCGAUACAGAAUUCGGUAGAGUGGAUUAUCAGGUUUCUGCCACGGUAUAUGGCGGAGAAGGUGAAGGGAACACCAUUGCAAAGAGUGCGGUUAAUAAAGAUGUUCGAGUAGUAUACGACGCUGCCAAUCCGAAUCAUAGAGAGGAAGAAACUUCUCAUAUCGGAAGAAUGCAUACCUUUGAGGGUGAUUGGCAAGAAUGUUUGCACUGGAAGUGGACUUGUAUGACAAAUGUAUCAACCACCGGAGGAUAUGUACCCUUACAAAUAUGUCUGGCUAAAGUUAACAAACAGACAAGCAAGAAUGUUUGGGUGAAGUCUAUCAGAAUCUCACUUACGGAACAAACGGAAGUUACUUCUGCAAGUGUUACUUCUCCUACUGUCGUUCGACGUUCAUGGAAUCUACUCGCGAUGGGAGAAAAGGAAGAGACUUUAUUGCCCUUGCAGUCGAACACGAAAUUUGGACAAGAUCUGAUAGCUGCAGCUCAAAGAGCAAAUAAUACAGAUAUUCGAGCGGAGAAGGCUCUUUAUAGUCAGUCCACUGCUGAGUCAAGCCAUGCUGAACAUAAUCUGUCUAAUCCAGAUGGACCAUGGUCGCUCGGCUGGGAUGUUCAAUUACCGGUUUGUGCAAAGACGAGGUGUCAGUCAACGGUAAAUCAUCCUUGCAGUCCCGUGAGAGUGUUUCAUAUGCUUAACAUGAUUUUACAAUUUCAGAAAGACGAUGAACGAGAAAUAUUUGAAGUGAAAACGUCUAUGCCAUACAUCGUUCGUUCAAUCUACUUAACAGAUCCUUAUUCGCAAUUACCAUGCUAUUGGUGCGCUUGCUUCAAAUCACAUCCAUACGAAGCACGGGAAGAAAGGAGUGAAGGAGGUAUACUUACCUAUCAUGACCCUCAUCCACAAUCGAUGAUCGUACAAGAAACACCAAAAGAGACUCAAGCUUCAACAAACUGGUUAUUGUCGGCACUAAAGAGUCGAACUACCGCCACAACAGAAACUAACAGUAUAUCUCAUCAAGAUCGUCGAUGUACGGCAGAAAAGUGGAUAGAAUUGACUGCCAACGGAGGUCUUCCGCCGCCAUCGUAUGCACUGCCUUCAACAUCUUGAGUUAUGCACCAAUCCACUUUAGCUACGUCAAUGCCCUGUACUAUAAGUUUAUCCAAUG